UUAUGAAUGUGAGUUAGAACUGUUUGACUUUUUGUCCUUCAACUCCUGGUCGUCAUUACACAUGGAUAGGUUUCAUAUUUUUAUCAUCCUUCUUAUAGGAAUUGUUACUAGCAGUGAGCUUCAGAUUUCUGGAUCAAUGUUGGAGGUGACAGUCAAACCUGAAGACAACAUCACUCUCUACUGUGACUGUAAAACAUCAGCUGGAGUAUACAUAGUGUGGUACAGGAACUGUUCUCAUGUGAAUCAGCCUUCACUUGUUCUGAGAACAAAGUACCCACAUGAAGAAAUGAUGGAUACCUUUUACAGCAGAGAUGGUCUGAAUCCCUUCCCUCGUUUUCAUUUAGAGAAGAACCGUUCGUCUGAAUCCUACAACCUGCUGAUCAUGAACGUCACUGUGUCUGAUGAGGGUCUCUACUACUGUGGAACUGAGCAUGCCAAGGUGGAGGAGAAGGAAAAACUUAUGCAAAAAUUUGUUUACAGAUACAGCAAUGUCACAACGAGGAUCCUAUUGCUUGACUCCAGCAAGACUCAACAACACUGUGGUGUGUGCUGGAUGCUACUGUUCUCUCUGUGUCCAGCUGUUGCUGUUCUCUCCUCUCUCCUGUCCGCUAUGCUGGUUUAUCUCCUUUGUAAGAGAAGAGCUAAAGAACCACAAGUUGAUGAGAACAGAUCUGACACCGGGUCUCACACAAGAGAGAACCAGGAUGAAGAUGUGUGUUACACAGCACUGGAAAUCCAUCAGGUAUCACAGAGACCAAAGAAGAACAACACCCAGAGUUCAGAUUUCAGCACAUAUUCUGCAAUCAACACCUGCAGGAUGUCAAGGGCCCUGUGAUUCAACAUAAUAUAUAAUACAUUUAUGAGUGUCAGUAUUUCUAGUUCAUUCUUUCAUUUAGCUUCCUUCUGUAAAGCAAUUCAGUCAUGCAGAGCCAACAGUAAACACACACCUCUUCUUCUUUCUGUUAAGAAUGAACAUCAUGGAUAUUUUUUGUAUGCUAUUUUCAAUCAAAAAGAUUACGUUUGAGAGAAGCUGGUAUUCAACUCUCAACUUUGCCAGUCACUUUGCAGUCAAUUUUCCUACGAGAGUAAAUAUUAUUGUAUAAUGUAUAUUUUAGUUUAUGUGAGGCAACAGUGUCAACCACUGCACCACAGUGCUGCCUAUUAAAUAAAGAUGUAUUCUUAAAAAAACUUCUGUAACACACUGACUAUGAAAAGAUGCCACUGUCACAGAAGUGACACAAGGAACACCGAGAUCAGAAAACAAACCAAAACUAGAAUUACCGCCUUCCAGU